AUGACAGGUCCGAUGCCGCCUUACGCGCUCUUCGUGCUCGUCGAUGACAUUGAUGCUGAUUAUCUCAACGAUGCGCUCACCCGAGCUUAUAAACGAAAUUUUGAAGCUGCAUGGGAACACAAGUACCUUGUCAUAGGUGGUUAUGAGAAUGCACCUAAGAAGCUUGAAAACGCAUAUCCCGAGGGCACCAAGGCGCCAAUACAUGCUGAUUUCCGGUCUCUGUUUAUCGGAAAUACGCCAGAGGAAUGUGCAUUAUCGUUGCAAAAUGCGCCCGAAGUUGUGGCACUCAAUCGCGAGUACUUCUUGUUCGUUGAUCAAUUCUCGAAGGAAGAGGACACGAUACAGAUCUGUCGUGUCGAACAAAACAUAGGAACUAAGAGGCUUCAUGUAGAAUAUUUUCCAAAGCCAACAGGUGAUUCUACCGUACGGAUAGCAACAUCGUCAGGGCUUAAGUUUGACGAGGCUUUACAGAGAUAUCAGCGCAACCGGAUAAGGGAUGGGAGGCCAGAUCGGUCUAAAGGGGUGCCAUACGGGCAGGCCUAA